AUGUCGCACAUUUUGGAGCCGCUCGACGCUCCCUCUUCCUAUCGAGACUCUCGCUCGCAAAGCAGCAGGCAGGAACAGCAACAGGCGCUGCGUCAGACGUCCACUCUGUACCUGGGCAAUCUUUCGUUCUACACAACCGAGGAGCAGAUCUACGAAGUGUUCGGUCGCGUCUCAUCGGUCUCGACUGGUGGUGGCAUCAAGCGAAUCAUCAUGGGGUUGGAUCGAAACACAAAAACGCCGUGCGGGUUCGCAUUUGUCGAAUUCUACACUCACGCCGAAGCGGUCGACUGCAUGCGCUAUGUAUCCGGUAGCAAGGUGGACGAACGUGUGAUUCGAUGCGAUUUGGAUCCGGGCUAUAAGGACGGACGACAGUACGGUAGGGGCCGAAGCGGAGGUCAGGUGAGAGACGAGUAUCGACAGGAGUACGAUGCAGGUCGAGGCGGGUGGGGCCACAACAGGCUGAGAGAGGAGGAGGAGAGGAAGAGGAUGGAGGAGGAGCAGAAGAGAAGGAGUGAGAGAGAACAGCUGUAUCAGGAAGGCGUUGUGGGCAUGGACACGGGUGGUGGUGGUAUGGUGCCCAUGGGUGGUGCGUAUGAGUAUAGCGAGUUGGAGGGCGAUGCCAGAGGCCAUGCGGGCGAAAACGGUGCACACCACAACGGCUGGGAUGCACAGGGAGCAGCAAGAGCCGAACGCGCCCCCAAAAGAGACAGGAGCUACGAUGAUGAUGAAGAUCAACAACUUUACGGCAAGACUGAAAAGAAUCCAAGAUUCAGAGACAAUGAUGACGACGACGCCGACCAGGUGUGA